GCCUGUGUGGCCUCAUACUUUUUGUUACGUCCGGACGGUCCCUCUUGGACGCCGACGUACUCCUCUGUACGCUGAACACACUCUUAGUGCUCAGGGCGGACUCGGUACCCUCUCAGGGUGCUCUCUGGAGCUCAAACACGAUCAAGUGGGAGGCAAGAUUUAAGAAGAUUAUAGAAUUAUCCAAGAAAACCAUCCGUGCUGCUAUCUGUGCAGUUUUGAGAACAGCGUCGAUGUGGGCGUGUCCCCACCACGGUAAAAAUCAAAACAUAGAAGAAGAGAGCUUGGAAGAGAGGUUGACUUGACAGAUGUUGGAAAAGACGACGACGUGUAGGGAAGAGUGAAGUGUUACAAACAUAAGAAUAGAUUGGGAGAAAUUUUUAGAGAUUUUUCAAAUAAAUGGAUUAUCUGAAAAUAUUUUCAAUUAAUUUUUCUUUGUCCGAACGAGAUCCUUUGAAUUAAAACAAACAAUGCCCUAAUCAUCGGAAUCUCAAUUUUCAAUGGGCUCCCUGGACGAGUUGUUCAGCGCCAUUCACCACGGAAAUGUCUCGCAAGUUGUCGAGCUCAGGAAAAAGGGGCUGAACAUCAACCAGAUCGGCAAGGCUGGAUUUACUCCUUUGGGGGCGGCUGUCCAGAGUGGGCAAAUCUCGGUGGUGAGGGCCCUGCUGACCCUGAAAAACGAGUCCUCGAGCCGAUCGAGAAACAUGGGCUACUAUGUCUACCAGUUUGAUGAAAACGAGAACAACCCGCAGUCGUCAAGCAGCCACCAUCAGGCCGAGGAAGAGAUGGUCCGGACGCCGGACGGAAUGGAGAGUCUCGAGUGGGACAGGGAGCUGCCUGGGGAGGAGCAGGCCGAGGAGGCCGAAGAGGACUCGUAUGCGUCUCUGUACAGGUGGUACGCCAGCAUUCUGGAGCGCACGGGACAUGUUUUGCCUCAGGAGCCCAUUCUCGAGAAUAUCGACGUCAACGCGACCGAUGUCUACUUCAGGACGGCCCUCCACUACGCCGCAGAACUUGGCAACGAGGACAUCAUCAAGGAACUCCUGAAUGCAGGUUGCAAAGCUGACGUUGGGGACAGCAACGAGGUGAAGCCUCUUUUAUUGGCUUCAGCCAGAGGUCAUACGGGGGCAGCAGCCCUUCUGCUGGCCAGAGGAGCACACCCUGAGGCGAAAGGACCUGACAAAAGCAGCGCCUUGCACGCCGCCUGCGCCCGAGGCUUCACAGAAGUUGCGGAAGUCCUGCUAGAUGGUGGAGCGAGAAUCGAUGCCAUGGAUUCCUCUGACCGGACACCCUUGUACCUGGCAGUCUCCAGAGGACACGAAGACACUGUUCAAAUGCUCAUUCGGCGAGGAGCGAGAAUUAAUUUAGAAGAAAUUCAUGGUUAUAACGCCCUUUGUGAGGCUGUUUGGCAAAAGAAACCUCGAUUGGUGUGUCUGUUGCUCGAGUCUGGUGCUAAAAUAACUCAUUCUCAUCGGCUUCUGCAUCAUUGCGUUUUACUUCGACAACUUGAAAUUGUGCAGCUGUUGCUCCAAGCAGGAGCUUUGGCCAAUUUAAGGGACGACUCGGGAGACACACCUCUGUUGCUGGCUGUUAGAACAGGACAACUGGAUAUGGUCACACUACUUUUAGGAAAUGGUGCUAUAGUGAAUUGCUCGAACUCUGUCACUGGUCAUUCUGUGCUGCACGAAGCUGUCAGCCACGACUUUCCAACAUUUCUCCGGCUACUCGAGUGUCUCAGAGCUCAUGGGGCCAGCCUGGACUCGGAAGCCCUGACGACAGGUGACUCUGCCCUUUGCAGAGCUUUGCUUCUGGGACGCGGUCGGGCGGCGGCGGCUCUGGUCCGUCGUGGCGCCAACACCAAUCUCAGAGUGCCCAUUGCAGGUGACACUAUAGACUGGGCUUACCGGAAAACUAGACGGCCCAGUCUGAUUCGGACUCUGGUGCUGGCCGGGUGGCACUCGAGAAUUUUGCCUUCGACUAUCAGAAACUGCCCUGACGAGGCGCUAGGAAACUGGCUGCAGACCGUCUCCACCAACCCCCUCUCAUUGUGUGAAAUUGCAAGACUGACCAUCCGAAGGAUCCUUGGCCGACGCAUCUACGACACUGCCGACCAACUUUGCCUGCCGAAGAUGCUCAAGAAGUACUUGAAGAUGCAGGAUAUCUGUGAUUCCGACCAGGAGGAUGACUCUUGGUAGCAUUUGGUUGUUAACCCUUGUAACAUCCCUAGUCACUUGCGGGCAACUGUUUUUUUUUCAGUAUCAUUCAUUUUUUUUUAAUUCAAUUAAUUAAUUUUAAUUAAUUAAUUCAAUUUCACCAAGAAAAAAGUCACAUGUAUCAUCAAACAAAAUAAUUAACGCUGUGCUAAUUAAUAAUUUGUUGUGAAAAAUCAAUUGAUUAAUUUCAAUUAUUAAAUUACAUGUAUUUACUUCAAAUUUCUAUUGUAGAACAUCUAUUAUCAAGUCAUUCUAAUAAGCACUUGAAUCGUAAAUCUCACAAUUAUAUUCAAUCAUGUUAGCAAAUCACUGCGUACAAUUCAGCAAGGUUGUAAUCAAUUUAAUGAAAAAGUUGAUGUAAUAGAUCAACCCCUUUAUAAGGAACUCUGUAAAUCUUAAAGCAAAUUCUACUAGCUUUUGGCUCUUUAUAGUUUUGGACCAAUAUCUCUUUCUUCAAGUUGAAGAAUUAAAAAGAAAUAUUUACAAAAUUUCUGGAAUAAGAAAAGUGCAUUUUCAAUCAACAUCCCUUUGAAUGAGUCUUUUUCCUAAAAAGCUUGACGCUUUGACAGGCUUUCAACUUUGGCAAACAUUGGCGCUUUUUACUUGGAUAAAACAC